UUUUUCCCCCUCUUUUCCCCCCAUAGCGUGACAUCUUCAACUCGUGUUAUACUCCAGCACGACCCCCAGAUGUCCUUCUGAGAGCCAUUAGGGGCUGUGCCUCAUUGAGGAUGGAGCUGCUGUCCCAGCGCUGACCUCCAGCUCCAGUCCUGCCCCCAAACCAGGCUGCUUUGUCCAGAAUACCCCACAGCCACUGACCCAGCAACCUGCAGAUCCGGAGGCUCUUUUCUGCUAAACAAAAACCUUUUCCAGACCUAAAGCUCCCUGAGUGGCAGUAAGGGCACGGCAGCAUCCAUCAGCUCGCAGCCAGCGUCCCAGAGCUGCACUCGUGCUGUGUCAGUGAGCACCAGGCAGCUCAGAGCACGGCAGCUGCUGAAAGAAGCCAGGCCCAGCACUCAGAAAGGGAACUCGGAGUAGCUGGCAGCAACAUUCAGAGCAUAAUGUCAGAUCUGGCGUGGGCUCGCCUCCUGAGACUGAGAGCUGGACAGAGCAGCAACUUGGGUUGGUUUUCAGCUGUGGAAACCAAAGCAGCAAAAGCACGAGGCUAAACAUCAGGGAAAAGUCAUCGCUUUGGGGUCUGCUGUGCAAGGGACAGGCUGCGUUAUGUCCUUGGGAAACACUGAGUAUUUUAUGCAAGACCUUCUCUGAUCUCUGUGUAAAGAUAUUCUGCAUUGCAGUGGCUCUAAGUUGCGUUCUUUCCUGUAAUCCCUGAUAACUGAGGGUGAAGACAAGAGCCAACAUGAACGUGGGAACGGCGCACAGCGAGGUGAACCCCAACACACGUGUGAUGAACAGCCGGGGCAUCUGGCUCUCCUACGUCCUUGGCAUCGGGCUGCUGCACGUCGUGCUCCUCAGCAUCCCCUUCUUCAGCGUCCCCGUGGUUUGGACUCUCACCAACAUCAUUCACAACAUGAGCAUGUACAUCUUCCUGCACACCGUGAAAGGAACCCCUUUCGAGACGCCGGACCAGGGCAAGGCGCGGCUGCUGACGCACUGGGAGCAGAUGGAUUACGGCGUGCAGUUCACGGCAUCCCGCAAGUUCCUGACCAUCAUGCCGAUCGUGCUGUAUUUUCUAACCAGCUUUUACACCAAGUACGACCGGAUACACUUCGUCAUCAACACCAUCUCCCUGAUGAGCGUCCUGAUCCCCAAACUGCCUCAGUUCCACGGAGUGCGGAUCUUUGGGAUCAACAAGUACUGAAGUGUGCGGAUGGAGGAGCAGCGGAGCUGGGGGAGGUUCCUCCUCCCCGCUCCCAUUCCCCCCUGCCCACACUGGGAUAGUUUCACAGCAGCUGUUUAAAUGCAGUACCCAAUAGACAUACACCGCAUGCUGGAUCCUCAUGCCCAAUAAAUCUAAAGAAGCUCCAGAGUAGAGUUUAGCGAGGAGCAGGAUGCUGGACUUCCUUUAUUCCAGCAUCAGAAAUAGAUGCAGACACACCGAGACUCCAAGGUACAAAGAGGCCGAAUUGAGGGAAGGCUUUCAUCUAUCCCAGGUGCGACGAGAACAGGGGUGAGGGGAAAAGCUUUUAGUGCUGGUACUAUUGCUGUGGUAAAUGCACUUUAACAUGAUCUCCCUUUCCGA